AUGAGUUUCAUUGAGGUCUCGGAGAUUGAGUUCACGUCCAAGAAGUCGUGUUUCAUAUCAAUACCAAAGACAUGGACUUUGAAAGCCACGGAAAAAGUGUCGAUAUUUGCGAUAAAGUCAUUGCGUGAAGAGGAGGACUGGAAGGAAGUGGUGAUGAGUUGGUCGGGAGAGACGACAGCGAGUGAGUCCUGCAUUCAGAUGAACGGUCUGUUUGGCAACAAAAUGGGUUUCAGUCACAGACAGCAGGUUCUGGUCAGUCAUGUGCCGACCCCUCACUCCCAGCGCAUCGCAAACGCAGACAAAUGCUAUUUAAAGCCAAUCACUGAAAACGAUUGGGAGAUACUGUCCAUGAAUUCAGCGUUCAUUGAGGCGAACCUCUUGAACCAAAUCCGUGUCCUGUCUUUGGGACAGAUAUUCCCCGUUUGGAUCACCAAUCAGUCCAAUGUGUGUCUGUUUGUCGAGGCUUUCCAUGUGGUGCCCAACCAUUCAAAGGCUAUUAUUUUGAAUAAUUUAAGCGAAGUUAUCGUUUGUCCGCCAAAUACUGCCCGCAAUACCAUCGAUGACUCCAAUGGUGACGGUUUGCAGUCAACUGAUACUCAAACCGUUGACACCAAUGAAUUUGAACAGAACUCAAAUCAGUCGAUGAUAUCAUCGGUGUUUGGUUUCGUGAAAUCAUUUAUAACGAGCUCUUCCGCUGAAGAAUCCAAACCAAACACAAGCCUUAAUUCAAUUGAAAGUUCAAAGUCUUCAGACAAAAUACAAAUCAAUACAAAUUUAAACUUUAAUGAAGUUUUUAGAGUUUUACCAUUUGGUGACACUAAUGAUAAUGAAGACAAGGAUGUGAUUAACACUGUCUUUAUAUCUAAUGAUUUGUUGAAUGGCUGCGAAAAUACUUAUUUUAUUUCCAAAUUAACUCAUAUUUUAUCUCCAAAUGAACAGAAGAGAGAGAACCAGAAGAAUGAAAAAAGCGAAACAAAUAGCGCUUCCAAUGAAAUGAAAAGUGUCUCAAAACAGAUCUCUGAAAUUGAUUUUAAAGAAACCUUAGUUGUUGUCUGCGGUCACAAUCGGUGUCCUAAAUCUGCUGUUGUAUGUAAUGCAUUGAGACGACAAUUGGGUCUUUCAAUCAGUUCCAGAGUGUAUUUAAGUCCACUCAACGAUUCUUUAUAUCCAGUGAUAUCUUCAUUAGUUUUGUGUCCAAUCAAUGUUUCGCCCAAAAAGAGUAAAGUCACGAAUGACUUGAUUAGAAGUGAUUUGAUUCGACUCAUCGACAAGACAUCUAUCAAAAUGUUAUGUCUAACCAAUGGUUCGCUCAUUCAUUUGUGCGGAACUGACUUUUUUACUUACCAUAAGAACGAGACGUCUUUAUAUGUGAUCACACGAAUGGCAGCUAAAGAGUUAUCUGUGGAGAUAUGCGAACCUGUUAUGGCUCUACAGAAACAUUUUUGUGAAAACCCUUUACCCAUCGCUUGCCUCAAAGACAUUGACAAGACUUGGAACAGUAGUUUGGCUGAAUGUCUUCACAGACAGCCUUCACUACUUGUAUUUGAAGAUUUGGAUGCAAUCGCGUCAAUGCCUUCAAAGCCGGGACAAGAGGCGAGCGCCGAAGCGUUACAUUCAGAGAGAAUCGCUCUUUUGUUUAUGGAUUUGAUUGAAACAAUUAAUCGAAACGACAUCUCAUAUGGCAAUAGAGUGGCCGUAAUUGCUUCCUCUAAGUCUAAUAAAACUCUUCAAACAGUUUUAGUGCAAACUCGAGGCAAACAUUUAUUUCAAGAGUUUAUUGAGUUGUCUUCGCCUGAUUUGAAGCAGAGAAUGGAAAUUAUCUCUAAAUUAAUAUCAAACAAAUUUGGUGUCGAAUACAAUGAAUCGAAAAUUAAUGUUAAUCUGAAAGACAUUGCAAUCAGAUGUAAAGGAUAUCAACCGCUAGAUAUGAGUGCAUUAAUUGAAAGAGCGUUUCACAACUGCUUCUUAAUAUCUAAGACUAAUUGCUUUAAGGAUUUGGUGUUAACUGAAGAGAGCUUUAACGCAGCCUUUGAUGGCUUUUCGCCAUCAAGUCUUCGCGGUUUAGAUUUGGAGCUAAAGUCUAGCCGUCGUCUGUGCGAAGUGGGAGGUCUGGCAGAGGUUAAGAAGUGUCUGAUGGAGACAAUCCUGUGGUCUAUUAAAUAUCCGGUGCUAUUCUCAAAGCUUCCACUCAAGGCUCAGUCAUCUAUUCUGCUGUUUGGCGCUCCCGGAACUGGAAAGACAUUACUCAUAGAAGCCAUAGCUAAUGAAUGUGGUAUUAAUUUUAUUGGCAUCAAAGGACCCGAACUGCUGUCCAAAUAUGUGGGCGCGAGUGAGCAGUCAGUGCGAGAUCUGUUCAGUCGAGCCGAGAGCGCAAAGCCUUGUAUUUUGUUUUUCGAUGAAUUCGACGCUUUAGCUCCUCGUAGAGGACACGACAGCACAGGAGUCACUGAUCGUGUCGUCAAUCAACUGCUAACACAAAUGGAUGGCUUUGAAGAGUUAGGAACAGGUGUUUACGUGCUGUCAGCCACCAGUAGGCCUGAUCUUAUAGAUCCGGCUCUCCUAAGGCCCGGACGGUUUGAUAAGUGUUUGUAUUGUCCGCUCCCUAAUCAAGAGGAAAGGCUCGAUAUUUUGAAUGUCUUAAGUUCUAAACUGUCUCUGAGUUCAGACAUAGACUUAGAGUGGAUUUCGUGUCAAACAAAUCACUAUACCGGCGCUGAUUUACAAGCGCUGCUAUAUUCCGCCCAAUUAGAGGCACUUCAUUACGGCCUCAAUGAACACAACAAACAAUUCAAACAACAAAUCAAAAGCAGUUCUCAUUCGACACACAAUCAAAGCCUUGAAUUGAUAGCAUAUAUGCCUUCACUUGAAAAAGGAUUUUCUCGAGACUUGGAUACC